AUGACGGAGAAGCGGAUCUCGCGCUGGUAUUUCGGCGGUCUGGCGUCAUGCGGAGCCGCGUGCUGCACGCACCCGCUGGACCUCGUGAAGGUGCACCUGCAAACACAACAGGAGGUAAAGAUGAGGAUGGUUGGCAUGGCGAUGCAUGUGGUGAAGAAUGACGGCGUGCUGGCUCUCUACAACGGCCUCAGCGCCUCUCUGUGCAGACAGAUGUCGUACUCUCUCACCAGGUUUGCCAUCUAUGAAACUGUCCGAGAUAUGAUGGGCAGUCAGGGGCCCAUGCCCUUCUACCAAAAGGUGCUGCUGGGAGCGUUUGGAGGGUUCACUGGAGGAUUCAUUGGGACACCAGCGGACAUGGUUAACGUCAGGAUGCAGAAUGACAUGAAGCUGCCCCCCGAACUCAGGAGAAACUACAAACAUGCACUGGAUGGACUGUUCAGAGUGUGGCAAGAGGAGGGAACCAGGAAGUUGUUCUCCGGAGCCACCAUGGCGUCCAGUCGAGGAGCUCUGGUCACUGUAGGACAGCUGGCGUGCUAUGACCAGGCCAAGCAGCUCGUCCUGAGCACAGGAAUGAUGGGAGAUAACAUUUUAACUCACUUCCUGUCCAGCUUCAUUGCUGGAGGAUGUGCUACGUUUCUCUGUCAGCCACUGGAUGUGCUGAAGACACGACUAAUGAACUCUAAAGGAGAGUAUAGAGGAGUGCUGCAUUGUCUUACAGAGACUGCCAAACUAGGACCACUGGCCUUCUACAAGGGUUUAGUUCCGGCUGGGAUCCGACUGGUUCCUCACACGGUCUUGACCUUUGUGUUCCUGGAGCAGCUGAGGAAAUAUUUUGGAAUCAGAGUGGUCAGUUGAGUCUGCACUGUGGAUGUCUGACCUUGUGACCUCUUACUGCCAACAUUUCACCGCCAAGCUGCAACCUGGACUGAGCUGGAACUGAGAACGUGCCAUAUUACAGCUGUACAUACAGUCACGACACGCACAGCUGAAACCGAGCUGUCUUACAGCUCCGUUAAUACAAACACUCACCCACAUUCGCUACUACAUACAUAGAUAUAGAUAGAUCGAUAAAUCCUCUACCAUUGACCCCUGAUUGGACACAUCUGGUGUUAACGCCACUUUUGAUUUUAAUUUCCACAUACUGUAACUGUAAAUAACCUCCAUUUCCUCCUAAACUGUUUUUACCUUUAAAAGUCUACAAUUACUAUUGUCAUUUUGCUGUAGGCCGCUAUAUUAAUGCAAUUGCAUAACUACAUAGUAGUUAUUCACGAUUUGCAUUCAGUUUACUGAAGUCCGAAUUUCUGU